UGAACAGUCCGUCAUCAUCAGAAGAGUUAUCAAGACCGGUUAAAAAGUUAAUAUAUCUGCGAUUAAGCCAUGUCAACCGACUCGUGGGCUUUAGCUGUGGACGAACAAGAGUCUACAACCAAGCCUGUUGGGAACCUGCGGAUUAUGGAAGCAGAAAAUGCAUCUUUGCAUCAGAAUAAUGGUGAUGAUGAAGAAGAUGAAAAAGAGGACAGAGCCACACAGAGUCUCCUGAACAAGCUGAUCAGAAGCAAUCUGGUCAAUAACACAAACCAGGUGGAGGUUCUUCAGAGAGACCCAAACUCACCGCUUUAUUCAGUCAAGACUUUCGAGGAGCUGAGACUGAAACCUCAGUUGCUCAAAGGCGUCUAUGAAAUGGGCUUCAACAGACCUUCUAAAAUCCAAGAGAAUGCCCUUCCCAUGAUGCUGGCUGAACCACCUCAGAAUCUGAUUGCUCAGUCUCAGUCUGGCACUGGUAAAACGGCUGCAUUCGUUCUGGCUAUGCUCAGUCAUGUGGACCCAGCCUGUAAAUGGUCGCAGUGUUUGUGCAUUUCCCCCACAUAUGAGCUGGCUCUGCAGACGGGCAAAGUCAUCGAGCAGAUGGGCAAAUUUUAUCCGGAAGUCACACUGGCAUAUGCAGUUCGAGGACAUAGAAUGGAGCGUGGCGUAAGGAUCAAGGAUCAGAUCGUCAUCGGCACACCUGGAACGGUUCUGGACUGGUGCAUUAAGCUGAAACUCAUAGACCCCAAAAAGAUCAAAGUGUUUGUUCUGGACGAGGCCGAUGUCAUGAUCGCCACACAGGGACACCAGGACCAGAGCAUUCGCAUUCAGAGAAUGCUGCCCAAAGGCUGCCAGAUGCUGCUUUUCUCUGCCACUUUUGAGGACUCUGUGUGGAAGUUUGCCGAGCGGGUCGUGCCUGAUCCCAACAUCAUCAAGCUAAAACGAGAAGAGGAGACCCUGGACACUAUCAAGCAGUACUACGUGCUCUGCAACAGCAAAGAAGACAAGUUCAAUGCGCUCUGCAACAUCUAUGGAGCCAUCACUAUCGCACAAGCUAUGAUCUUUUGUCAUACUAGGAAAAUGGCCAACUGGCUUGCUGGCCAGAUGUCUAAAGAGGGCCACCAGGUGGCGCUGCUCAGUGGAGAAAUGGUGGUCGAGCAAAGAGCCGCAGUUAUUGAACGCUUCAGAGACGGCAAGGAGAAAGUCCUCAUCACUACUAAUGUCUGUGCAAGAGGUAUUGAUGUUGAACAAGUGUCGGUGGUGAUCAACUUUGACCUUCCCCUGGACAAAGAUAGCAAUCCAGACAACGAGACAUACCUCCACCGGAUUGGCAGGACUGGGCGGUUUGGCAAGAGAGGACUCGCCAUCAACAUGGUGGACAGUCAGCGCAGCAUGGAGAUUCUCAAGACAUACGAGAGGCAUUUUGAUAAGAAAAUUGCAAGGCUGGACACGGAUGAUCUUGACGAAAUCGAAAAAAUCGCCAGCUGAGGUGAUGAAGACCCAAACACUAUUUCAUUUUAUAGCAAAAUCAGUUCUGCUGUUACCUCGUUAGAUAUAAAGCUUGAUUAAAUCUACAUUACAAAGACAGACGUUUACAUAAAUUCCCCGAAAUUUGCUUUAACUUUAGUUUAAUGCCAAACAGUUUUGAUUCUGAGC